CUAGAAUGGAGGCGUCGGCACGGAGCGGAGGCGCGUCACACGUUAACAACACAAAACUACUCUUUAGACCCCGCUACACCUGAGCGGACGGACGCUGGCUGUGUGUGCGGAGAGAAAAGGCAACAGGCACCGGACUCCCGCGCCCGACAGUCCUUACACACUGAAAUGAGGGCAACAUGGGGGCCAAAGAGUCGCGGAUAGGCUUCCUUUCCUAUGACGAGGCCGUCAGAAGAGUUACUGAUGUGGAGCUCAAGCGGCUUAAAGAUGCGUUUAAGAGGACCAGUGGCCUGUCCGCCUACAUGACCCAACAGUGCUUCUAUAAAGAGGUUCUGGGAGACGGCGUUCCACCAAAGGUUGCAGAGGUGAUCUACAACUCAUUUGGAGGCACACCAAAAGGGCUACACUUCAACAACCUCAUUGUUGGCCUGGUGCUGUUGACGAGAGGACGUGAUGAGGAAAAAGCCAAAUAUAUCUUCAGCCUGUUCGCCAGUGACUCGGGCAGUUAUGUGGUGCGAGAGGAAGUAGAGAGCAGGCUCCAUGCUGUAGAUGGGGAAGUCCCACCCUCGCUGAGGAAGUGCUUCUUAGAGGGUGAAAAGGUGAAUUAUGACAAGUUUAAGAACUGGCUUCUACAAAACAAAGAGGCGUUCACCUUCUCCCGCUGGCUGCUCUCUGGCGGAGUGUGUGUCACCCUGACUGACGACAGCGACACACCCACCUUCUACCAGACACUGGCUGGAGUCACACACUUAGAAGAAUCAGACAUUAUUGAUUUGGAAAAGCGCUACUGGCUUCUGAAAGCUCAAUCAAGGACCGGACGCUUUGACUUAGAAACCUUUGUUCCUCUGGUGUCACCCCCUAUUCAUGCAUCACUUAGUGAAGGCUUGUUUCAUGCCUUUGAUGAGAAUCGGGACAAUCACAUUGACUUUAAGGAAAUAUCGUGUGGGCUCUCUGCAUGCUGUCGAGGACCUGUGGCUGAGAGGCAGAAAUUUUGUUUCAAAGUGUUUGAUGUAGAUCGGGAUGGAGUUCUGUCUCGAGAUGAGAUGCACAAGAUGGUGGUGGCCUUACUGGAAGUGUGGAAGGACAACCGCACUGAUACUCUCCCAGAACUGGAAUCCAGCGUUUCUGAUAUUGUCGAAGAAAUCCUUAAGAUACAUGACACUACAAAACAGGGACACCUAACACUAGAGGACUAUCAGAUAUGGAGUGUGAAGAGUGCCCUGGCAAGCGAGUUCCUUAACCUUCUCUUUCAGGUGUGUCAUAUAGUCCUGGGCCUCCGGCCUGCUACGCCCAAGGAAGAAGGCCAGAUCAUUAGGGGAUGGCUUGAACGAGAGAGCAGACAUGGACUGCAGCCAGGCCAGAACUGGUUCCUCAUCUCCAUGCAGUGGUGGAAACUGUGGAAAGACUACGUAAAAUAUGAUAAUACAUCCAUUGUGGUGGAGCAGCCGGGAAUGCUGGGUAGUGGCAGGAGGACUCCUCAGUCCACACCAUCUGCUGAACCAGCCCUGAGCAAGACUGGAACAGUGGCACGAUCUCUUAGCUCUCCAGGAGAAAAGUCCCCAAAAAGCAACUGGGAGGUUUCAGAGAGCACCCCUAACAGUCAGCUGCCUCAUGUGAGCUCAUCAGCCACGGACAUCUGCUUUGCUCGGCAGCACAAUGUCUUGGAUAACAAUAACCAGUGUUUCUCUACCGCCAAUGGUCACCUACCCAACCACCUGGCUGCACAGAGGCCAGGUGCCAUCGACAACCAGCCCUUAGUUACCACUGAGCCCAUAAAGGCACCUACGUUAACCAUGGAGGGAGGGCGUCUGAAGAGACCCCUGAACCUGAUGGCUGGCCGGGAUUUUGAGACAGUACCAGAGCCAGUGUGGCGGGCACUCUACCACUGGUACGGUGCCAACCUUAGCCUGCCCAGACCGGUGAUCAAGUCGGUCAUCACAGACCAGCCAGAGUUGGAGCUCUUCCCCCGUUAUUUGCUCUUCCUUCGACAGCAGCCGGCCACACGCACCCCGCAGUCCAACAUCUGGGUUAACAUGGGUAUGAGCAGCCUGCGAAUGUUCCCUCCACACUUUCCCCGAGGUAACAUGCCAUCUCCGAAUGCCCCGCUGAAGCGUAUGCUGGCAUACACAGGUUGUUUCAGCAGGAUGAGCACCAUUAAGGACAUACAUGAAUACCUGUCACAGAGGUUACGCAUCAAAGAAGAAGACAUGCGCCUCUGGCUCUACAACAGCGAAAAUUACCUCACUCUCCUUGAUGAUGAAGAUCACACUUUAGAGAGUUUGAAAAUAGAGGAUGAGCAGCACUUGGUGAUUGAGGUUCGAAACAAAGACAUGAGCUGGCCAGAGGAAAUGUCGUUCAUCGCCAACAGCAGCAAAAUAGACAGACACAAAGUUCCUACAGAGAAAGGUGCUACAGGUCUGAGUAACCUGGGGAAUACCUGCUUUAUGAAUUCUAGUAUUCAGUGUGUGAGCAACACCAAACCUCUCACAGACUACUUCAUCACAGGGAGACACCUCUACGAGCUGAACAGACUCAAUCCCAUAGGAAUGCGAGGCCAUAUGGCCAAAUGCUAUGGAGAUUUAGUACAGGAACUCUGGAGUGGAACACAGAAGAAUGUUGCACCGCUAAAGCUCAGGUGGACGAUAGCAAAGUAUGCACCGAGAUUCAAUGGCUUCCAGCAGCAAGACUCUCAAGAGCUACUGGCGUUCUUAUUGGAUGGUCUCCAUGAGGACCUGAAUCGGGUCCAUGAGAAGCCCUAUGUGGAGCUGAAGGACAGCGAUGGGCGGCCAGACGCAGAAGUGGCCACUGAGGCCUGGGACAAUCACUUGAGGAGAAACCGUUCGAUUGUGGUGGACCUGUUCCAUGGCCAGCUCAAGUCCCAAGUCAAGUGCAAAACGUGCGGCCACAUCAGUGCUCGUUUCGACCCCUUUAACUUCCUGUCCCUGCCCCUUCCAAUGGACAGCUCCAUGCACUUGGAGAUCACAGUCAUUAAACUGGACGGUUCCACCCCGGUGCGCUAUGGUCUCCGUUUGAACAUGGAUGAAAAGUAUACAGGCCUGAAGAAGCAGUUGAGUGAACUGUGCAGCCUAAAGCCAGAGCAGAUCCUCCUGGCUGAGGUUCAUUCCUCCAACAUCAAGAACUUUCCUCAAGACAACCAGAAAGUGCGUCUGUCUGUAAAUGGCUUCCUGUGUGCGUUUGAGAUUCCUGUGCCUGGUUCUCCCACCUCUAUCACCUCUCCAGCACCAGUAGCCAAUACACUGAUGGGCAGUGGCAUUGCUCGGAACAGCCAUUCUGAGAAACCUGGCCCCGUUCCGAAUGGCACAGCUGGCACCCCCAUUCGAAGUGGAUCUGAUAGAAGUCUGGCUAAUGGCAUGCCAAGCACGGUGAUGCCCUCUGGCUCAGAAAAGAGUCUUGCCAACGGCAUCCCCAACGGCCAUGCUACCCCAGUUCAGGACAGCCCUUUCAUUGGCUACAUCAUUGCCAUGCACAGAAAGAUGAUGCGGUCAGAGCUAUACUUCCUCUCAUCUCAGAAGAACCGGCCCAGUUUGUUUGGCAUGCCUCUCAUUGUGCCGUGCACAGUGCACACCAGUAAGAAAGAUCUGUAUGAUGCUGUGUGGAUUCAGGUUUCCCGUCUAGCCAGCCCCCUGCCCCCUCAGGAGGCCAGCAACCAUGCCCAAGACUGUGAUGACAGCCUGGGUUACCAGUACCCUUUCACCUUGCGGGCAGUGCAAAAGGAUGGCAAUUCUUGUGCCUGGUGCCCGUGGUACAGGUUCUGCAGAGGUUGUAAAGUGGAGUGUAAUGAGGACAGGGCAUCCCUAGGAAAUGCUUACAUUGCUGUGGACUGGGACCCCACAGCCCUGCACCUCCGUUAUCAAACUUCCCAAGAGAGGAUAGUGGAGGAGCACACUAGUGUGGAACUGAGUCGGCGUGCCCAGGCCGAGCCCAUCAGUCUGGACAGCUGUCUGAAGGCCUUCACCAGUGAAGAGGAGCUGGGUGAGGAUGAGCUCUACUAUUGCUCCAAGUGCAAAACCCACCGUCUGGCCACCAAGAAGUUGGACCUCUGGAGGCUGCCUCCCAUACUGAUUGUUCAUCUGAAACGCUUCCAGUUUGUGAAUGGCCGCUGGAUUAAGUCCCAGAAGAUAGUGAAGUUCCCGUGUGAGAGCUUCAACCCCGGUGCGUUUUUGGCUCCACGUGAAGCUCAGAGCACAUGGGGCCUGCAGAGCCAGAGCGAGUGUCCGGUGGAGGAGCUCCAGAAACUGGACAGUGGAGAUUCCUCAGUGUCUUCCAUCUCCACUACUACUGUGGUCAGCCCUUCCAUAUCUGGCAGAGGCACCCCGAGUUCAAUUAGGAGGGUAGGCAGCCCACUGAGCAGAAGCAACAGCCCCAAUAACAGCCCUAAGAGCACAGGCCGGAAACAGGGACGUCUGCGUCUUCCUCAGCUCGGCAAUAGACACCGACUCUCCAACAGCAAAGAGAAUCUGGACAGCAGCAGUGGCUGUAAAGAAAGUGGCCCAGAACCCAGCAUGGUAACAGAGGCGGAGCCUCAGGUGGCAGGAGCUACUCUAGAGCCCAACACACACGACUCUUCCUGGACAUUGGUUCCCUCCAGUACUGACUGUGAUGUCAUCAUGGUGAAUGGGCUGAGCCAGGACAACAGCCAAAUCAAUGGGCACUCAGACGCCAGCACAGAGCUAGACAACACCUCUCAUCAUGGAGAUGAAGUCUGUCUUGAGCCAGUGUACAAUUUAUAUGCAAUCUCGUGCCAUUCAGGAAUCAUGGGAGGGGGCCACUAUGUGACCUACGCGAAAAACCCCAAUGAUAAAUGGUACUGUUAUAACGACAGCAGCUGCAAGGAGGUUCACUCUGAAGAGAUUGACACGGAUUCAGCAUACAUUCUCUUUUACGAACAGCAAGGAGUGGACUACUCUCAGUUUCUGCCUGUGACUGAUGGCAAAAAAAUGGCAGACACUACGAGCAUGGACGAAGACUUUGAGUCAGACUAUAAGAAGUACUGUGUGCUUCAGUGAUCCCAU